CUUCUGCUCAAAAAAUCAUAACUCAGAGAGCGAAGGGGGGAGUUUAAUGCUGUGUUUUCCGAGGGAGACGAGAAGGUGGGCUGGUGGCAAUGGAAUGCGUUUGUUGGAAGGGGAGGAGUAUGACUAUGUAAUUAAGUGAGAAGAAAAAUCUUGGCGACUGAUUUGUUAGUAUCGCUCAGACGGAGGGUGUACCGGUCGAUAUUCUAGGCUAUCAAGUUUGAAGAGUGCGGGUUUCCAAAAUUCUGCGGUUUCUAUACUUUUCAAAAUGCUUUUAUGAAUUAACUUCUCACAUUAUAAAGCGAACGGUUCCAGAGUAGCGAGAUUUAUUUUAAUUUGCGCCAGCUCGGAUUGAAAUAGCCAUAUAGGCAUUCAAAGUGCUUAUUUGUAAAAGCAUAGCCUAUCUGCCAUAUCGUCUCCAUUUGAACUGAGACAUGGGAUUGUUUGGACUUCCACAAUCUCACUGAUGUUCUUGGAUAAGACCUUUACACGGAUAACUUCUCCACAAUUUUGCAUGGUGCUUUACCGGCAAGGAAGAAUGGCGCGAUAAAGUGAUUUUCAGAGAAAUCAAUCGAAGUACCUAUUUUGUGUACACUGUUGGCUGAUGAUGUACUCUCCAAUUUGUCUUACUCAGGAUGAAUUUCAUCCCUUCAUCGAGGCACUUCUCCCUCACGUCCGUGCCAUCGCCUACACGUGGUUCAACCUCCAGGCGAGGAAACGCAAGUACUUCAAGAAGCAUGAGAAGCGGAUGUCCAAGGACGAGGAGCGUGUGGUCAAGGACGAACUGCUCAGCGAGAAGCCCGAGAUCAAGCAGAAGUGGGCCUCUAGGCUCCUCGCCAAGCUCCGCAAGGACAUCCGCCAGGAGUACCGCGAGGACUUUGUGCUCAGUGUGACGGGCAAGAAGCACCCAUGCUGCGUCCUCUCCAACCCUGACCAGAAGGGCAAGAUCCGGCGGAUCGACUGUUUGCGGCAGGCCGACAAGGUGUGGCGCCUGGACCUGGUCAUGGUCAUCCUGUUCAAAGGCAUCCCGUUGGAAAGUACGGACGGAGAGCGCCUCAUCAAGUCGUCGCAUUGCACCAACCCAACACUUUGCGUCCAGCCGCAUCACAUAACAGUGUCGGUCAAGGAACUGGACUUGUUUCUAGCAUACUAUGUCCAGGACCAAGACUCACAGCAGUCAGGAAGUCCCAGUAACAAUGAGCCAGGCAAGAACCCAGUUUACUUGGAAGAUAGCUUCAUCAAAUCAGGAGUCUUCAGUGUUUCAGAGCUGGUGCGUGUGUCCAGAACGCCCAUUACCCAGGGGGCAGGGGUGAACUUCUCCAUGGCCGACAUGCCAAGUCAGCCGUACUACCAUGACCUGAACUCCAGCGUGGGCCUCCAUCGCUCCCUCUCCUCCCCGCCUGGCAGUAAACGGCCCAAGACCCUCAACAUAGACGAGAGUAUGGAGACCAGUCCCACUGGCCCUGACUUCUAUUCUUCACCUAGCUCCCCAGCUAGCGGCAGCAGGACCUGGCACGAGAGAGAAGACAUGUCGUCUCCCACCAUGAAGAAGCCAGAGAAGCCCUUGUUCAGCCCGACCUCCCCGCAGGACUCCUCCUCUAGACUGAGCACUUUCCCCCAGCACCACCACCCCGGACUUACAGGGGUCGGACACAGUGUUAUAUCGACGAGGAGCCCUCCACCCCACUCCCCCCUUCAGUUCUCGGCCAUCUUGCCCCCUGCCCCGUCACCCUACUUCUCUCACCCCACCAUCCGCUACCCACCCCAUCUCAACCCCCCUGACUCCCUGAAGAGCUACGUGCCCAGCUACGACCCGUCCAGCCCACAGAGCAGCCAGCUCAGGAUAUGUGACUGGACCAUGAAUCAAAACGGCAGGCAUUAUGGCCCCAGUGGCUCUGAGGAUACUUUGGGGAUUGCUUGGCAAAGUCCUGGUACCUGGGCGAGCUUAGUUCCAUUCCAAGUCACGAACGGGACUCCGAUUCUGCCAACAAAUGUCCACCAGAACUACAGCAUAAACAUCAUUGGUGAGCCCCCCCUCCUCCACACAGAGGCAGAGAACUGAAGACCCGGAGGGGGGGGGCGGGGGGGCACAAGAAGUGUCGGCAACGGGGGAAAUAAUCAGCAAGCAGCACUUAAAACAAUUGUGUUUGUCCUUUGUCCCCCCUCCCCCCUCCCCUCCACCCUUUCCUCCCCACACCCCUCCUCCCAUCGGGACAUUGGCCAAGAAGACUUGAGUUGGUUUGGAGCGAAUCUGAUUCGGUCCGCUCUAGCUAACCCUAUGCCAUGCCAGUCAGUCAUUGUGUGAGAAGAGCCUUUCCAUUCAAAAUGCUGUGACGUAUUCUGUACAAAAACAUUUAGAUGCCUUAAUAUUUAGCAUGACAACUCUUAGUCUGAUGGUGGUCUUCUUCUUCUUCGUUCUGUUGUUGGGAGUUUUUAACCUUGGUUUACAAACAAGGGAAGUGAUCUGAAACACACAAAGGCUGGCUGGUAGUAGAUUACCCGACUGUAAGUUAUUCAACUCUGACCUUUACCCCUUCUGCAGAAGAGGCUCCCAUGUCAAACUAUUGACAAUGUAACCAUAGGAACAAAUUGUGAAUUCAGUGUUUUGUUUUUCUUCUUUGAUUUCAGUUUACUGUGAUACAAUUUUUAUUUUGUCUGAAACUCGUUAUCCUGUUGAUUCUGUACUGCUAUCCACUUAAAAGUUAGUUAUACUCCUUAGAGUUGUGAACUCUUACUAUGGUAAAAAAGAAGAGAAAAACACUAUAUUUUUAGGUUAGAGAUUUGACCCGUUUUUUAAGAAUUCGUAUCUCCUUUAGAAAAGGAUAAAAAAAGACAAAAAAUGAUCUAAAAAUCUCGAAAGAGGCAAGUGCAAUUGAAUUUUUGAAGGGAAGCUAUGUCUGUCAGCCCUAAGACUCUAAAGGAAGGAGGGUAAAUAUGAAACUUUGUUGUUUUAAAUACGUAAACGUAAAAAGGUUUUUAAAAAAACAAACAUUUGAUUUGAUUUCAGUCGCAUUUCCGUGUAUCUAAAUAUGGAAAGAAAAGAAUAGUAAGCCUGAAAUGCAGAGAUGUGUUUGAAGCUGUGCAUUAAGCUACCUGUGCAGAACUGAACAAGACAGCACUUCUAUUAAGCCCUACUCAGUCUCAUGGGGAGCUUUUUAUUUAUUGUGAGAAAAAAAAUACUUACAUUUUUUUUUUUUUUUUUUUAAACACACGUAGUGUAUAAAAUGGCAUCUGAAAUCAAGAACAUAUGCAUUUGGCCAUCAGCUUAUGAAGCUUGUGUUUAUAAAAUGACUUGACGAGGGGGAAAAAAAGAAGAAUGCAGGCUGUUAAAGUCAUUCACGAAAAGGUAUGUGUAUGUCAAAAAAUCUACACUUUUGUGCAACCCUGAACCUUCAAGGUUGCAGAGGUUUGCACAUUUUGCUUCUUGAACACUCACAUCCCAGAUACAGUGGUGGCAGUCCCUGAAAUCUAGAAUUGUGCACGGCAGGUCUAUUGCCUUGGCCUCUCUCCAAGUCCAGAUAUAUUUCUAUGACAAAUCUCUCCAAUACUCUUAAUUUGCACGAUGACAACUAGUCCACAUUACGUGCCUUGCCUUUUGAAUAUAGAGACAUCACUACACUUGUUUUUUGCUGCAUUUAUUACCAUUAUAGAAAAGAAAUUAACAUUUUUAUGAUAAGAUAAUUGUUUUGUACUCUGAAUGAAAAUUGUGACAUUGUUGAUUUGUAACUUUCAUUUACUACUUUAUCUCACAGUUACAUUGCAUAUCAAGGCUGUGUAUCGUCGCCGUUUUAAAGUUUAUAAUCAACCAUCAUUCUUUUUCAGUAUUUUCGGUGGUUUUUGAAUAACCUUUAAUUUUUGUUGUCAUCGUUUUUGUCAUUUCGUUUUUGUUUUUCAUCUUCCAGUUACUAUCAAGGAGGGAGGAAUUCAGAUGUAUGAAAAUUAUGCAAUACCAACUUUUGCCUAUGUAGGUAGUGCUUAUAGAUACGGCAACUAUUAGAGGCUAGUUUGGAGACUAUUGUAAUGCAUUUAUUUUGUUGAUAUCGUUGUUUUUGUUGUUGUUGUUGUUGUUGUUGUUGUUGUUGUUGUUUUCCUUUUUUAAUUGACCAAAGCGGGGACUGCUUUCUAUGCAGUGUAUGACAAGGUCUUUUUUAGUGUACUGAGAGAUGGAGAGACAUGUUUCAGUGUGUUUUGAAUUCUUGGUGGGGGAGGGAGGGGGUCUUUUUUCUAACCUUACAGUUUGCCUGUAAAGAAUGCACCCGUUGGUCUCGUAUGGCUGCAAAGUCACUGAUCUGUCUACUGUGACAAAAUCUACUCUUUUCUUUCAACUUCCCAUCUGGGGUGCUAGCAUGUGACAUUGCCUAAGCUCAUUUUCACAGGAGAGACGGCUUGACUUGAGUGUGACAAUCAUUUCAACAACAAUUUUUUUUUCUCACAUUCACCUUAAUCAGACCCGCAAUUUCAAACCGAAAUCAUACUGCGUACUUGUGAAAAGCCAACACUUUGCUCAUACUACUUGUAUGCAGGAAGCUAUAUUAGCAUUAACCCUUAACAAUCAUCGGUGCCAUUCUAUCAGUCGCUGUGUGCAAUUCCCAAGUAGAUGCCUUAAACUAUAUAUAAAGUUACCUGUUACACAUAUGCGCUACAAUCAACAAACCGACAAAUGCUUGUGAGACCGGUCAAAUCAGUCUCAAGAAAGUAUUUGGAAGUAGUCAAAUUUAUGCACUCGAUCUGUAUAAAUCCCAGGGAUAACUCUACCCAUUUGGGGGAGUUAUUUUAUCGCUAUAAGGAGCCUUGUAUUUUAUCAUGUAAUAAGCUAUGGACUACAGAGGAAGGAUAUCUACUAUUUUCCUUGUACUCUGUAGGGCCAGAAGAAUAAGAACGAAAAAUGGAGCCCUUGCAUAGCACAUGGGCAUUGGUUAAUCGUCUUCCCCAAGUGUGUUGUGUCAAAUAUAUAACUCGUACAUAAUAAAUAAUAAUAAAAGAUAAAAAGUCGUACAUAUAAGAAACAAAAACAAAAUCUCAGGCGUUACGGGGCAUUAAGAAUUCCAAUGAUAACUCUCACACUUUGUAAUAUGAGAAACUACUUUUAUAACUCAAAUAGACACAAUCCACAAUGAUGUUUUGUUACCUGUUGCGCUCCAUCCCAACAAUUGUGAAAGUUCUUACCUGCUUAAUUCGAAGAAAGGUACUGUAUUAUAUACCCAACACUUUUUGAGAGGCCAGAAAGCAUAUAAAACUCAUUAAACUCAAGUCAAGCUUAUUCUCUCCUCCUUCACCAAGAUACUUAUUCUGAUAUUGUGAAGAAAAAAACAUUACAAAAACAAAAGCCACCCCGUUCCAUGUGCACUGUUCUGCCUUUUUUGUGUGAAAACGUAAGUGCUUUGCAGCCUCUGGCCCUUGGAGACCCCACUGAAGGGCAUUUUCCCUGAUAGAAACGUGUCAGAUGCGGUGUUGAUAUUUUGGGUAGAAGACUGUGUGUAUAUAAAGGUGAAUACUGUGGUGGCGUCGAUAGCAGUAGUCCUUUGGGGUCAGUUUGUGAGUAAUGUGUGUUUUGAGAAUGUGUGAGUAUGCGUGUAUGUGCUUGUGAGAGAGAAUGUAUGAGGGAUAGAGAGGAUGAAACUACACAACGAGCGAAGAUGAGGGUAUUUCUAUUGAGAAGCCUGCCUCAUAGGCAGGAGUUUGUACACUGUAGUCUUUUUCAAGAUUUUUCUUUGACACCCUUGUUUGUAAAUGUUUUCAAACAUCUUGGGGAAUAUUAGUCAAUUCCAUUUUAUGAAAAAAAGAAAAAACAAUAAAUUGGUUGCGGAGGCAGGACUUGAGUUACAACUCUCCAGCUUUUCCCAAAUAAUCGAAAAUAAAAGUAUUUUAUCAAUUUUCCAUAUUCCUGUAUUUAGGGGAAGUAUCCUAUACAGAACCCUAAAAUGUAAAAAAAAAUAUAUGUUUUUUUAAAUUGUGUUUAGUGCUUAUAAACUUUCCAUUUUGGAAACAUUUCAGUAAUAUUUUAAAUUCUUGUUUUUGUUAGUGUGGCCAUAGUACAGAGUGUGAUGUGAUUAUGUGGUUUUGAAUCCAUGUCGGAGAGCGAGAGAAAUAGAGGUUUGAUUGGGGUUCUAUGUUUAACGGUAGGGGAUAUCUAUUCAUGUCACUUUACAAUAAAGUCACCUGAUUUGAGCCUACCACCAGUGAAUACCAGGGUAACGUCUUAAGUGACAUCAUAGGUUGUUCUACUGUGCUAAAGUGUGUUGUGUCAAUCGUACGUAAGUCCUCCUUUAGAAAUGUGCCGUAUAGCGUUUCGUUCAGAAAAAUCGUAAUUACAGGAUGAUGCAACAAUCCGUGAGAAGUUUGGCGCUAGCAUUUGACAAUGUUUUGAUAUGUCUAUUAGGGUUUUGGAACAGGCAUGUGUAUGCAACAUCAAGCAAGUGGUUCCGCUGUGAGGAUUGGUUGAUGUAAGUCCUUUGUGGCCCCUAGGCAUCACACAUUUUUGCACUUUCUAUAAUUUAACCUACAUUUGAUUCAAGCCCUUCAAGUACUCGUAUAGAAAUUGCCCUUAGAUUCUCCAGACCUUUUAUAUCAGUGUUUCACUCAUGGUAUAUCUUUCAUAGAAAUACAGGUAUUGGCAGUUUUUUUAGUUGCGCACAUUUUUUAAGGUAAUAUUUAUUUUCAAAGGGCUACUUUAAUUUGAUCAUCUCUGGACAGUAUGUACACAGGUGAAACCGUUUUCACAGAAUGACAUGUAGGCCUACGGAUAAGAAAGGCUUGGUAGAUGAGUAUUAUCCAAUAUUCAGUUAUGAUUGUUGAAAGCUAUCCAUGGUCAACCGUUCAGUUAGUACCUUAUGCAAGGAGGACCAGUGGCAAUCAUGCAAUAUCUGUGUAGUUCUAGUUACUGAAGGUUUAGUGCUCUAGGGACUAAGAGGACAGAUGGAUGGCCGAAAACGCUUUCAGGAGGUGUGUUUUUACGCAAGCAAUAGACGUGUUCCAUGUAUUGAUUAUUAACAUCAGGUUGUUGUUGUAAGCAGGAAACAUAAAAACCAGCAUUUUAUGUAUUAUUAAUCACCAAACAAAAUAUAUUAUUAAUUCAGUGCCUGUUCAAGCUCACCGUGUCAGUGGAGUGUCCAUUGUUAAUAAAUCUGAAAUCUGAAAAAGUUCAACAACUUAAAAUGAAGCGGUAUGUGUGGGGCGCCUUGACGUGUUCUCCCAAAUCUUUGGUUUUUGUUUGUUGUUUUGGUUUGAGAUGUGGCUACACAAGAACAUUUUUUUGUGCUUCAUUCAUUUGAAGGUCUUGGUCAACUGGGUGCGCACGUCUCAUGCUUGCUCUUUGAGGGGAAAAAACUAUGUGUACACGUCAUUUGGACAGUGUAUUUAUUUGGAUUGUCAAUUGCUACAUUAUGUAAACUAAUGUCAUUUAGAAAUGAAUGCUUGCCAACUUCUCCGCAGGGUUGACUUCUUAUGGGUCUUGUGGCACUUUUACUCCCGCUGCGCACACAUUAUUACGAUGGCGAAUCACUUCAAGGUGAAUUAAAAAACACAACAACAACAACAGCACCAACGAAAUAAUGUAACAGUCUCCAGUAGUGAAUUGUAGUAACACUGCAGGUGUGUGCAAAAGGUCUAUGUAUGUAUUGAAUGUACGUUUUAGAGAAUUUUUGAAAUCUUUUUGUUUAUAUCUUGUUAUUUUACAGUUUAGGAACCACAGGUAUCCUUUGUGAACUGUAUAGCGAAGGCCUUGAUAUCCCUUCUUUUUUUAUUGAUUUUAGAACAUUAAAGCAGUAGGCAAUGCCUUUGAGAUGGUUACAUUUGGUGCAGGGGCUAAAAUUGCCACAAGAUUAAAAUCAAUGUAAAUAAGGCUCAACAUUUUUUGUGAUUGUUACUGUAAUAUCCAGCCUAUACUGCUAGCAGCUGUUUUUACUGCAGUCAAUUACUGGAAGUGGAUAUAUUUCCUAUGCAAAACUGUUUAAACAAUAAAAUGAGCUAUGCUACAAAAAUG